AUGACCGAAAGCCAGGACGAGGCUUUCCUCACACCUCCGCAAGGGCCUGCGACUCCCAUUAGCCCAGACGAGGUUUUCGAGAAUGCUUCUCAGGAGCCGACACUUGUUGACAGCCAAGUUGACUUGCUUGAGUCCAAACCGCAAGAAACCUUCGCCGAGGACCAGCAGAAUCGUGGUCCGGAGUCUCCGGCUGAACCCGAGACAACAUCAUCCAAGAAGAGCAAGAAGAAGGCCAAGAAGGCUGCUGCUGCCGCUGCUGCCGCUUUCGCUGCUGCCGCCACAUUGGAGCCAGCUGUUGAGGACGCUACCAAGGAUUCGGACAAGAAGGAUACUAAGGACGAGACGGUUACGGAUGAGUCGAUCACAGACAAGACGGUCACAGACAUUGAAAACCCCAACACGACCAUUUCAGACAAGAUUGGGGAGAUGGAGCAAUCAUCGCAAGAACCCACCGCGAGCGGAGAAUUCGCUACGGACAGCAAGAUUUCAGAGGAGGCAGACCCAGGACCAACUGUUACCAAAAAGGGAAAGAAGAAGAAGAAGGGCAAGAAGUCUUCCACCCUGGACCCGGAGAGUUCCCUCGAAAACUCGGCAGAUGUAGCGAAUACAAGAGAACAGUCCGCUUAUUUGACCUCUCCAUCGGGAGAGCCUAGCAGUGACGAAAUCCCCUUCCCGCAAGCAGGCACGCCGACAGAGGCUGAGUGGCCGACUGCUACAACUGCGGGCAAGAAGAAGAGGAAAUCCGUGACCUGGGCACCUGAACUGGAGUCUUUCUCGACCAUUGUUGAGCCUGAGCCUGAAAUACCUCAUGAAGAUGACAACGGCUUGGAGACGGCAAGCAACACCGAAAGCGACUCCAUAUCUGAGGCAUCUUCCGCAGUCGAGCCAAGCUCGGUUCAGGAUGCGUCAAGGGCAGGGAAGUUGCCCGAAGCAGGCAGUCCAGGCGAUGUUCCGACCUCGCAAGGUUUAGACGAGGACGUCGACCAACAAACAGCCACAUAUGUGGCGGAGAAGGAUCUCGACUCUGAUGGCCAAGCACAAGUGCACCCUGCAGGCGAGCCCAGUGAGGAGGCCCUGCCCACACUGCAAGACACAACCGCGAACCCCAGCGAUGAUGUUCCGUCAUCUACUGGGCUGAACACAACCACGCGGGGAGUUGCAGGCGAGCCAAUGGAUUCUCUGACCCGGGAGCCUUCAACGCCUGCCUUUUCCAGUGAAGGCGGCGCUGAAGUGGCCAACGAGAAGGGCGCGGGAUCCAACGCUCAAACGGGAGAGGUCGGCAGCCAGGACCCCGGCCUGCAUGCGGGUGUGGAGCCGAUUGACGACAAAUUACUGGAGAACACGCAAAACUGGCGGAUAGCGGAUGCCCAAGCCGUGGGACCGGCCCUCACCGACUCGGCCCUGGAGCGUCUGGAGGCUGGAGACCCACUUCAACCCCCGGUCACAGCCUUGGCGAACCAAGACACAAACACGGCGAUCCCCCAACCUCUAGGACAGGGCACACAGGAGGGACAGGUACCCAGUCAGACAUCAUUGGAGGUUGGCAAAAAAUCUGACGCGGGGAUUACUGACUCUACUGCCGAGACCGAGACCCUUCUGCAAGACGUUCAACAACUAGACAAAAUUUCAGACGUCGAAAAGAAGGAAGAAGAAAAGAAGGACCAGAGAGACGAAUUCGAUUCUCUCGCCGCCAAUGUUGGAUUCUCGGGUCAGUCAGAUCUAUCGGAAUCUUUGGGUCAACCGAUCUUGCCGGAGCCGCAACUAGAGCCGCUUUCGGAGACUCUUCCCGGC